AUGAGCCCUAAGCAUACGACUCCUUUUUCUGUUUCCGAUAUCUUGAGUCCCCUUGAGGAGAGCUAUAAGAAAGUAAGUAUGGAGAAUAACAACUUGGGGGCACCUCUCACUUCUUACCGGCAGCCGCAGGUCUCUCAGGCGGCCAUGCAGCAGCACCACAUGGGUCACAAUGGGACUGUGUCUGCGGCUUACCACAUGACUGCGGCAGGUGUCUCUCAGCUGUCACACACUGCUAUGGGGGGCUACUGUAACGGCAACUUGGGGAACAUGGGCGACCUGCCGCCCUACCAGGACGGCAUGAGGGGCAGCACCACGGCCACUGGCUGGUAUGGAGCCAACCCAGACCCGCGUUUCUCCACCAGUGAGUAUAACGCACCUGCACUUGGACUCGGACGCGUUUCUCGCUUCAUGGGCUCCUCGUCGGGCAUGAACAUGGGUAGCAUGGGCAGCCUCAGCUCCCUGGCGGACGUGGGUAAAGGCAUGGGGUCCCUUUCCAGCGCGCCGAGGAGGAAACGGCGGGUGCUCUUCUCCCAGGCGCAGGUCUACGAGCUGGAGCGCCGCUUCAAGCAGCAGAAGUACCUCUCGGCCCCGGAGAGGGAGCACCUGGCCAGCAUGAUCCACCUCACGCCGACCCAGGUGAAGAUCUGGUUCCAGAACCACCGCUACAAGAUGAAGCGGCAGGCCAAGGACAAGGUGUCCCAGCAGCAGAUGCAGCAGGACAGCGGCUCCUGCCAGCAGCAGCAGUCCCCGCGCCGCGUGGCCGUGCCCGUGCUGGUCAAGGACGGCAAGCCGUGCCAGGGCAGCGGCCACACGCCCACGUCCGCGGCGCAGAGCCACCACCAGCAGGCGGCCAACGUCAUGAUCAUGUCCAACAACACGUCCGGCCUCGCGCAGCACCAGAGCCAGCAGGUGGGCAGCACGGGUCACUCCCCGGACCUGGCCCCGCACUCGUCCAGCCCGCCGGCCCUGCAGAGCCAGGUGUCCGGCCUCUCCCACCUCAACUCCCCCGGGGCGGAGUACGGCUCGGCCCUGCAGUGCUCGGCCCUGUUGUACGGCAGGACGUGGUGA